GGGGGGGCGGAGCUGCGCCGGAGGAGCCGGGCGGGGCAGCCAAGCCGCCUUCGCCACCGCCUCCUCCCGCCCCCAGCCAUGGCCGACGUGGAGGACGGAGACGAGCCCGGCAUUUCUACUACUCACUCGGGUUCUUCCGGCGCCAAAGCUGGCGGCGCCGACAAAAUGUUCUCGCUGAAGAAGUGGAACGCCGUGGCCAUGUGGAGCUGGGAUGUCGAGUGCGACACCUGCGCCAUCUGCCGGGUGCAGGUCAUGGGUAAGCGGAGUGGCGGCAGGCAGGCUCGGUCGGAAAGGAAGGCCGCAUCUCCACUAUGCUCUCCUGGAACGGGAAUGGGCCGCGCCGGGGCCAAGACCGCGUCGCCGCAUUCUCCUCCACCUUCCCCGAUGCCUGUCUUAGAUGUCAAGCUGAAAACAAACAAGAAGAUUGCGUUGUGGUCUGGGGAGAGUGUAAUCAUUCCUUCCACAAUUGCUGCAUGUCGCUAUGGGUGAAACAGAACAACCGUUGCCCUCUCUGCCAGCAGGACUGGGUAGUCCAAAGAAUAGGCAAAUAACACUGUUUUCAGCUAUUGCACCAAAAUCGUUUGAAAUGAUAUACAACUAAUGGUAUACUUUCUAUAUGAAGGAAGUCACAGUAUGGCGAAAUCCAUUAUAUUUAUUUAUGUCUACAUAGGGACUUGGAUUUGAAAAUUUUGUAUAAGUUUACUGGGGGGGUUGUCUAAAAAUCUUCCAUCAGGAACUUGGCUGCAAUAUUUAAGAAUAUAUGUAAAUAUUUAAUAUGAACACUUCAUUGUUUGGGAAUUAUUUAGGACUUAUAGAUCUAUAAUUAUUAAUAUGAGCAAUUUCAGCUUGAAAUAUUGCUAUUUUUCUCAACAUGAAGUUAUUAGUUAAUAAUUGAGGUGCAUUGUUUUUAUUUUGGUUUUAUUUCUUUAGGUGUUGAUAAACGCUUGUUAUAGUGCUUUAAGUUAAAAUUGAAGUGACUGCCUUUUCAAAGUAUGUACUUUCUUCACACGCAAUUAAAUCUUUUAUCCUUGUGAAA